UCAUACCGUAGCAUUGGAAAAGGACUUGUAAAUUGGUUUUUUUUUUCUCUUUGCAUUGAAAGUUUUAAGAUUUGCCGAAAAAAGUCAUCUUCGUCUUUAGUUAAUAAAGUUUUAAAAUGGAAACGAUUAGACUUAUCAAAUUGUUCUAAUGUUCGACGGUACUUCGGAACUGUAUAAAUGAGAAUAAUUAAUGUUCGUGUGUUACAGUUGUUUGUUGUGAAAUUCCUUCUAUACAAAAGUACAUGGGGUGAAAAAACUGAAAACUAUUUCAUCGAUAAGGAAACUAUUUGUCAGGAUUCUAUGUACAUAUAUAAAAUAAACGCGUGCCCGCCGUUCAACGGUAUACAUUGUAGUAUAGCAUCGAAAAUAAUGAACAGAAGUCAUACAAGGAUCUGAGAUAUACCCCCUAAAUCAAAAGAAAAAAGAAAGAAAAAGCAACAACAACAACAACAACGGAAAACUCAUAUCAAUAAUCGCGUUACCCACCCCUCUUUAUUAAUGUUAAAUGUCUCUGAUGCAUGUUUUAUUUUAUUUUAUUUAACUUAUUGAAUCGAUCUAACAAUUUUUUUUUCUGUUUUGUAUAUUCUGUUCAUAAAACCGAAAUAAAAUGUAUGGAAUUCAUGUUAUUUUGUCCGGAUAGUACUAUCGUGUCGUGAGGGAAGGAAGCCUGUGUGUAUUGCCUGUUAAACGGCUUUGUAAAUUAUUAUUUUUUAUUGGCAUUCCGUAUAUAAAAGCCAAACAAAAUUACCGAAAAUAUUUUAUUGUGAAAAUCGUAAACAAGAUUCUUAUUGUUGUUAUUUAAUGCAAGUGAAUCGAAGUAUCAUUUUAUUGGUCCAAUUAUGCCGAUGAAGCCGAAAAAUCAGGAUAAGAAUGACAAAAUGUCUGAAAUUGAUGACAAAAUCUUGAAAAAUUUCGACAUCAAAAAGAGACUGGGUAAGGGUGCAUAUGGUAUCGUAUGGAAGGCAACGGACAAACGAACUCAACAAAUUGUGGCUGUGAAAAAAAUUUUCGACGCAUUUCGAAACGAAACGGAUGCUCAGCGUACAUUCAGGGAAAUAAUGUUUUUAACCGCUUUUCGAAAUCAUCCAAAUGUAAUACAGUUACAAAGCAUUCACCGAGCAUUCAAUAACAUGGACAUUUAUUUAUCAUUUGAGUGUAUGGACAGUGAUCUGCAUAAUGUCAUCAAACGCGGAUCAAUACUAAAGGAUAUUCAUAAACGAUACGUGAUGUAUCAACUGUUGAAUGCAAUGCUAUACAUUCACUCAGGAAAUGUUUGUCACAGGGACAUGAAGCCUAGCAACUGUUUGAUUGAUAGCAAGUGCAGGUGUAAAAUAGCCGAUUUUGGACUAGCAAGAUCUGUAUCGCAGAGUCAGAGCGGACGAGAAAAUGACGAAGUAGAAUUAUGCUUAACCGACUACGUUGCAACAAGAUGGUAUCGAGCUCCCGAACUUUUAGUAGCGAGUAAGAAGUACACUUUAGGCAUUGACAUGUGGAGUUUAGGUUGCAUUUUGGGUGAGAUGAUUCGUGGGAAACCAUUGUUUCCUGGAAGCUGUUCCGUUAAUCAGGUGGAACGAAUAGUAGCUGCCAUCCCUAACAUUACCGAAGAGGAUGUGAAAUCAGUCGGCGCUGGAUUCGGUUCGUCUUUGCUUAGUAAGUCCAACUCAAAAUUAGAGUUUCCGAAUCUGGAUGAUCUCCUCAUUGGCUCGCCUGACGAUGCCAGGCAGCUGGUGAAAUCGUUACUGGUGCUAGAUCCAAUCAAAAGGUUGUCAGCGAAACAAGCUUUACACCAUAAAUAUGUGGAAAAAUUUCGAUAUAAAUUACCCGAAUUGGAGCUGAAUCAGGACAUUAUACCAGUGUUUCGGGAUGAUGUACAAUUAUCUGUUACCGAAUAUCGCACGAAAUUGUACGACAUUAUGACGGCAAAUGAAAAGAUCAGCGGAACCAGCAACAAAUUGGAUAAAAGGGACAUAGAACAAUUGGAAGCAACCUUGACAGUAACUGGGGCGCAAAGAAGAACACACUUAACGAAAGUCUUUGAAACGAAUGGCAAAAUGGAAAAGAAAUUAAUUUCGAACAGCGAUAUCAAACAAGCAAAUUUACGAAAAAUUUCGAAAAAACCGUCCGAAUCAUUGUUACAGAACCUUUGUUCACGUGUGAGUACCUCAACAAAGAGUAUUCUACCCAAAUCGGAUCAACGAAUCUCCAGAGAACAGUACAUUAAUCACACAACACAAAUCCAAAAUGGCAGAAGUGUUUCUCAGCUGGGCAAUCGUUCGUCCGGGGAGUUCAGUAAGCUGAAUGUUGCAGUUCUCCGUAAAGCUAGCUUGGACAAUCCAGAUAGCCGACAGUCAUUCGAUAGUGGCCUGAACACCGAUCCGAGUAGAAAUAAUCGAUCGUCGCCAGAGGAUGAUUUACGAAAUGGAUCGCUGACAAAAAUGAUACCAUCGAUGAGUAAACAGAAGAUCAUGCAGAUUUUGCAGAAUCGAGCCAACAGCAUUAGCCAGGAAAAAUAUCGAAAGAAUUCGCUGGACAAAGUUAAGAAACCGAGAACGAAUUCAGAGUUUCGCGACAAGUCGUCCCAUCUGAAUCCGGAGGAAUAUUAUGAGGCAAAGUUGAAGAAUUUGGAAGAUCGUAUACGGAAGCACAAUAAUAACGUCAAGUCAUUCAAUUGUGGAGCGGAAAAAGUCAGUAUGUCCAACGAUGUUUUCAAGAAAAAAUCACAGCACAUUAAUGAUGGAACGAGAACCAUAAGGCCGUUCAUCACACGCACGAAAUCAGAAUCGAAGAAUACGGGUGCCAGUAACGUUAAGAUACCAGUUAAGAUUAUUUUAAGCGGAUAUACACCAUCCGAUGAGGGAUAUUGUGGCAGAUAUAGUAAAGACUCGAGCAAUUACGGAGUUAUUAGGGCCACCGAUCUGUACAAAUUAAAGUCCUCAGAGUUGUUGUGAUAAUGGAUAGUUGUCUUUUCUGUUCCAUUUCGUUCUUAAAUUUCGGGUCAUUUUGUGAAGUGUUUCUAAUGAAAAUAUUUUUGUAUGACAUGCGAUAUUUUGACUUAUUGUGCAAUAAAACGAAAAUUUUCAUC